AGCGUGAACAUCGAGUCCUUCGGAGCUGCAUGGCAGACAGUCAGGCGCGGGCGCUGCGGGCAUUGCAGGUGGUGGACACCGAGUUCACCGCGGACGCGGUGGAGUGGUGCCCGCUGGAUGGCUGCCGGCACCUGCUGGCCUGCGGCACGUACCAGCUGCGCAAGCCCGAGGACAAGGGUGAACUGGACGAGCCUCAAGUUCGUUUAGGUCGUCUCUACCUGUACAGUUAUAAUAACGACAGAACUACUAACCCUCUGGUUGAGGUCCAGAGAAGAGAUACUUCUGCAGUCCUGGAUAUGAAAUGGUGCCACAUCCCAGUGGCUGACCAUGCUCUUUUAGGUGUGGCCAAUGCCAGUGGGUCUGUAGAGUUGCUGCGCCUGGUGGUGUCUGAGAAGAGCAGUUAUAUCCUACAGCCAAUAUCCAGCCUCAUCCUGGAGGAGCAGUGUCUGUCCUUGUCACUGGAUUGGUCCACUGGCAAACCUGGAAGACUCAGUAACCAGCCCUUGAAAAUCAUCAGCAGUGACUCCAAGGGGCAGCUGCAUCUCCUGAUGGUGAAUGAGGUGGGGCCUGGACUGGAGCUAGUGGCUUCAUGGCAAGCCCAUCACUUUGAGGCCUGGAUUGCCGCCUUCAAUUACUGGCAGACAGAACUCGUGUAUUCAGGGGGGGACGAUGGUCUUCUGAAAGGCUGGGACACCAGGAUGCUUGGCACUUCUCUCUUCACCAGUAAGAGACACUCCAUGGGUGUGUGCAGCAUCCAGAGCAGCCCCUAUCGAGAGCACAUCCUGGCUACAGGAAGCUAUGAUGAGCACGUUCUACUGUGGGACACUCGGAACAUGACACAGCCGUUAGCAGACACACCCAUGCAGGGAGGGGUAUGGAGGCUCAAGUGGCACCCAGUCUACCACCAUCUGCUCCUGGCAGCCUGCAUGCACAGUGGCUUCAAGAUCCUCAACUGCCAAAAGGCCAUGGAGGAGAAGCAGGAAGCGACAGUGUUGGUAUCCCACACAUUACCCAACUCACUGGUGUAUGGGGCUGACUGGUCCUGGCUCCUCCUCAGUUCACUGCAACCCCAAACUGGUUCCUCUCUUCAAAGUGACAUGGGAGCCAGAAUGGCAGACCGGGUCUACAACCAGAAGGAUGCAGGCGAGUCACUGGCAGCCCCCUCUGAACAAAGAGUGGGCAUGGUGGACAUUAGUGGCAGCCGAGUACACACCACAAGCAAGAUCUGUGACUUGGACCUCUACCCAGAAGGGGUAAACUUUGACAUCAGUCUCCUGGCCACCUGUUCCUUUUAUGACCACGUUCUUCACCUCUGGAAGUGGGAAAUGAGCUGAGCUUGCGGUUACAGAAACCCUUCUAGCCACACUAGGUGUGAUUCUGAAGUACCAUCCCUUUGUGCCGGGCCAUUGGGAAUGGUCCUCAUGAUUCUGUCUGGUGUGGGUUUUCCAGCUCCACCCCUAAGUGUCUUGGGUGGAUUUUGACUUUCAGCCUUUCAUAUAAGCAAUUAUUUAUAUUACUUAAGGGAAAUGUUUUUUAAGAUACUUUACAACGUUGGAAAUAAUUUUUUAACUGUGUUAAAAAAGUGCCAGAUUCUAUUUGAAAAAUAACUAAAGCAAAAAGGGCUGGGAAGAGUACCUGCCUAGCACACACAGCCAAGUUCAAACCCCAGUCCCACCCAAUAGACUCCAUGUGGUGACUAGCAGAGUCCGUAACAGAUUCCAACCAACUUUAGAAGUCAGGUCUGGGAGUAUAUCCAUGGCAAUCAUGUAUCACUCAGCUCACACAAGGCAACACUGGUCAGUUCAUCUCCCAAAGCAAAAAAAAUCAGCAUAUUCCCAUGGGAUCCAAAGCAGCAGGUCAGGUGAAAGUACCUUCUAUGGAAAACCUAAGGACAAGGCUAUAGAGGUAGUUAGUGCCAAAGUGGGCUUUAAUGCCCAGUCUGCCUGUUUCUGUCAUAGUUCCUCAGACCUUCUGUAUUGCACUUAAUGCUUGUUGACCCCCACCUU